AAAUUUUAUCUAUUUUCUAUUUACACUAUUCGAGUUGUGUUUUUGAAUUAAAAAAAAAUGCAUUUAAAUUAUUUCUUGAGUUUCACUAAUUCCAAAAAUAACAUUCUUAACCUCACGACAUUAACUUGCUUCCGGUUAAUCCUGUUCGACGAGUAUAAAACCUGAAUAAUGUCAGUCCACAAAAUGUUGACCAAAAAAUAUGUACCCGAAUAUAUGUACAUACAACGAAAAAGUUGAACUUAUUAAUAACUUUUAGCUGAGCCUUUCCUAAGUGGAUUCAUGAAAUGGGGUGUUUUAGCAGUAAAGAUCGUUUAACGAAAGAAGACAUGGAUUUUUUAAAAUCACACACUCGCUACGAUGAAGCUACAAUUAAAGAAUGGUAUAAAGGAUUUAAGCAAGACUGCCCAAAUGGUCGACUAACACCUGCUAAAUUUGUCGAUAUGUAUAAAAUGUUUUUCCCAUCGGGAAAUGCAGAAGAAUUUUGUGAUCAUGUUUUCCGAACGUUUGAUAUGGACAAAAAUGGUUACAUAGACUUUAAAGAAUUCCUUUUGGCAAUCGAUGUUACUUCUAGUGGAACACCUGAAGAAAAAUUGAAGUGGGCAUUCCGAAUGUAUGAUGUAGACGGCAACGGUGUUAUUGAUAUUCAAGAGAUGACUAAAAUUGUACAGGCAAUAUACGAUAUGUUAGGAGCUUGUUCUUCAAACCGUCCGGCGGACUCAGCUGAAGAAAGAGCAAAAAAUAUAUUUGCUAAAAUGGACGAAAACAAUGAUGGCCAAUUAACUCAAGAAGAAUUCUUAAAAGGAUGUUUGCAAGAUGAAGAACUAUCAAAAAUGCUGGCACCAUAAAACUAUUCUACAAUAGUAAUAAUAAUUAAUAAGUCACAAAAAUGCACAAAUGCGAAUCUUAUCAUAUCAAUGUUUGUGCGUAUAUUAUUACAUAGCUAUCAACUUAAAUAUUUUUAAUACAUUUUGUAAUGUAUCAUGUUUUUAUACUAUCUUUAUAUUCGAUUUAAUUGGGAUACAAGUUUAAACAAAAACAAAAAACAAAAAAAAAAAACAACUCUUUGAACAAACAUCAUUUCAGGUAUAAUAUAUUUGAAUUUGAAUAGAAGAACGUAUUCACCAAAUUAUGUAGAAUUUUAAAUUUCAAAUGUAUCAAACCUUGCACAUCUUAUUAAAUUUAUUUAUUUAAGACUAAGCAUAAGUACAAGUUUCAACCAAAUCCCAACUAGUAUUACGCUUAUUUUCCAGACUUAGGAACUGCACGAGAGGACAAAUCACAUGAAGUUAAAAAGAUUUUGUACAAUGGCGAAGGAUAUACAAACAAAUAUAAUAAGAUAUCUCGACUAUUACCAAUGUACAAUAGACGUAUAAAAAGAAAAGAAAACAGAACUAAAAUAACCAAAGUGGUACACACGAUUCGAUUCAACAGGUACUCGAAAAUACACUAUUGCAAACAUUACAAUAAAAUACAAACAUAAAAGUAAGGAGAAAAAACUUUGUUUAAACAUUGACAAUAUCUUACGCCUGUUGCAUCGAAUCUUGUUAGGAAAAGGAAAAUCCUGAAUCCGAGGCGGACAAGUUGUAAAUUCACCACGGAUUUAUGGUUGUAAUUUCUUUAAUUUUUAACAAUUAUAAUUGUGAAAAUGAAAAAUAAUUAUUAAAAAUUGAAUGGAAAAGUGCUUCCCCAUGCAGAA